UCCACAUCUCCACUCACAAGUAAUCCAAAGAUCACUUCAUUUCCCCUUCUGCAUUUAGAGAAAUCCUCUACAAUAAUUUCCUCUUUGACAUUCCAAAGAUCCUGGACCUCUGUGUGCUCUUUGGAAAAGGCAACUCACCACUGCUCCAGAAGAUGGUAGGAAACAUCUUUACACAGCAGCCGAGUUGCUGCAAUGACCUAGAUGAAACCAUGCUUACCACCCUUCAGGUCUUCAGCAAUAUCCUCCAGCACUGUGGUUUGCAAGGGGAUGGGGCCAGUAGCACACCCCAGAAGCUCGAGGAGAGGGGCCGGUUGACCCCCAAUGACAUGCCUCUCCUGGAAUUAAAGGACAUUGUUCUCCACCUUUGUGACACCUGCACCACACUCUGGGCCUUUCUGGGUAUCUUCCCUUUGGCUUGCCAGACCUUCCAGAAGCACAACUUUUGUUACAGACUAGCUUCCUUCUAUGAAGCAGCAAUUCCUGAAAUGGAGUCUGCAAUUAAGAAGAGGAAGCUUGAAGAUAGCAAGCUACUAGGUCAUCUGUGGCAGAGGCUCUCCCAUUCCAGGAAGAAGCUAAUGGAGAUUUUCCACAUCAUCCUGAACCAGAUAUGCCUCCUUCCCAUCCUAGAAGGCAGCUGUGACAACACUCAGGGCUUCAUUGAAGAGUUCCUUCAGAUCUUCAGCUCCUUGCUGCAGGAGAAGAGGUUCUUCUGGGACUAUAAUGCACUCUUUCCUGUGGCCGAAGACAUCAGCUUGCUGCAGCAGGCCUCGUCAGUCUUGGACGAGACGUGGACUGCCUACAUCCUCCAGGCAGUCGAGAGUGCAUGGGAAGGGGUGGACAGAUGGAAAGCCACAGAUGCUAAAGACCCAUCAGUGACUGAGGAGCCUAAUGGGGAGCGUAAUGGGGUCACGGUGAUGGCAGACGCAGUCAGUCAAGCGCCAUCACAUCCAGAGAACUCGGAGGAAGAGGAGUGCAUGGGAGCAGCUGCGGCUGUGGGCCUUAUCAUGUGUGGGGUGGAGCUGGACUCACUCAUCUCCCAGGUGAAGGACCUGCUGCCAGACCUUGGUGAGGGCUUCAUCCUGGCCUGCCUGGAGUACUACCACUAUGACACAGAGCAGGUGAUCAACAAUAUCCUGGAGGAGCAGAUGGCCCCCACCCUCACCCAGCUGGACCACAACCUAGGCAGAGAAAUGCAACCAGACCAGACACCCCUGCUGACAUCUCACCACAACGUCUUCCAGAAUGAUGAGUUUGACGUGUUUAGCAGGGACUCAGUAGACCUGAGUAGGGUGCACAAGGGCAAGAGCACUGGGAAGGAGGAGAACACACGGAGUUUCCUGAAUGACAAGCACACAGGCGCACAGUGGCAGUGCCAUGAGCAGUACAGCGUGGUGGUGGAGGAGGUGCUACUGCAGCCAGGUGAGAGCCUGCCCUACCACAAUGUUUACUAUGAGGAUGAGGAUGAUGACACAUACGAUGGCAACCAGGUGGACGCCAACAAUGCGGAUGCAGAUGACAAGCUCAUCAGCCGCAGGGCAUUCACCAUCCCUCAGGGGCUGAGAACCAAAGUGCCUAGAGAAGGGCAGGAGGAGGAGGAGGACAACGAGGAAGAGGAGGCUCCCAAGCCUGACCAUUUCGUGCAGGACCCUGCAGUGCUGAGAGAGAAGGCAGAAGCCAGGCGCAUGGCCUCUCUCGCCAAGAAAGGGUACCGGCAUGACAGCUCAACAGCAGUGGCCGGCAGCCCCAGGGGCCAUGGGCAGAGCCAUGAGACAACCUAGGAAUGCAGGAAGAAGGAAGCCAACAAGGCGACAAGAGCCAACCACAGCCGGAGAACCAUAGCCAACCGCAAGAAGAGCAAAGGCAUGAUACAUCCUGAGGGCUGGUGUAGGGCCAGCGGGGAGGCAGCAGCGCCAGACUCUCCAGGCCACGCUCCCAUCACCUGGGGCCUCCUUACCAGGUGCCCCCCUGCCAGAGCCACAAGAUCAACUCAACCCCUCAACAGCCUCAGCUUUGCAUCCCCUGAGAAGGCCGCCUCUCAUCUACCAGCCAGUCAUGAGCGCCUUCCUGCAGAACACACAGUUCCUUAUCCCACAGAGGAAGAAUCUAUGGGGCUGGCAAACAGGUGCCUUCCCCCAGUGCGCUGGCAGGAAAGGGAUGGGGAUGGAGCCCCAAGAUAUGCCCAUGGGAAAAAAAUAAAAAAAGCAUUUACUGUACCCAGCAUGGAGCUCUCCAGUUGAAAGCCUUCUCAGACAUCAUACCUGCCAACCUCCCUAGCAGCAGACAGGACCCUUCACAGCGCUUGCUUGAGAUCACAGUCCUCGCAGAGUCACGUUUCCGAUGACACCACCUCCCACAUGCCGUCAGUUUCCAUCACAGGCGCCUUUUUGAAAUCAGUUUCUUUAAAGAUGGGGCACAUCAAGCUUGGGUCCUCCCCUGGAGGGAGUGAGACUGAGCCUGUAGAUAAGUCAGUUUCAGAAGGUGCUGAUGACAGCCUCGACCAGUUCAGAAUAAAUAUUUUUUCACUUGACGAUCUGGCUCCCGUUGUCCAUGAGAACUCGGAUCUGGAACAGGAAGAGGAAAGUGCUCACAGGGAAAAAACAGCUGGCACAAUCUUCAGAGCCGAGGCAUCCACUGGGCAAGAUGCCCCGAGGCCUGCCCAGGCAAGGAGCUGGGCAUCACAGGGAAAGGCCACCUCUGCAGAGGGGCAUGAGAGCGAGGUCUCAGAGCAUCUCAGUGCCAGCUCGGCUCCUGGCGUCCAGCUGGACAGCGCUCCCAGCAUGCAGCUGCCAUCUGAAGCCCCCAUGGUGAAAGUCAGCUCAGCCUAUUCUGAGGAUUUUGAAAACUCUUCAAGUCUGACAGCAUCUGAGCCAACUGCCCGUUCCAGGAAGUUUCUUGACAGAACACUGGACGUUCUGUCUGAAUCUUCUUCCAGUGUGAAGACAGACCUUCCACAAAUAGCCGAGUCUAGGAAAACGCCAGGCAGGCAUGUGACAAGAGUCCUUGUGAAGGACACAGCUGUGCAGACACCUGAUCCCACGUUCACCUACGAGUGGACCAAGGUGGCCGGCAUGGCAGCUAUGGGGCCUGCCCUGGAAGGUGCCUAUGAGGACCCGACCCCCAUUGCCAAUCAUGUUAUCAGCGCAGAUGCAAUAGAAGCCCUGACCACCUAUAGCCUGGCCGUACUGGCAAUACAUGACAGGCUGAAGCAGCAGCUGAGCCUGAUGUAGCAGUUCAUCCAGGGCAGCCGGCACCUGCAGGCCUCCCUCCUGCACUCCCUGGAUGCAGACUACUUCCACUACCACACCCUGGAGGAGGUGACCAAGGAGCUGUGA